CGCGCCCAUACGUGAUGACGCAAUUUUUGCCUUGUUGGAGGGUGAUUUCAUCAGGAACAGGACAAAGAGUAAAGGCACUUCCUAUUUGUUGUCUAUGUCAACGUAUGUUAUUUCGAUACAAGAUCAUCAGAGCACUGUCAGAUGUCAGUUUGCGAGGAUAUGGAGAACACAGACCUGUUUGGUCUAAUCUUCCCAGAUGAAGACCCAGUAUCCGGCGAUCUGUUCCUCACAGAGGGGAAUAACUUGCUGGAUGAAUUGCUUUUAGAGCAAGAUAUGCUGAGUGCAAUGGAUACAGAGGAGUUUCUCAGCAGUCUUCUGGGGGAGGAAGAGGAUGGCCUGACUGUGAGCUGCCUGUCUCAGUCUCCUCACGGCAGUGACAGCGGCAUCUCUGAGGACACCACCCCUCCAUACUGCCAGAGUCCACAUGAUAGCAGUGAGACAGACACUGUCCCCAGUCCAGGCGUCGAGCCGCUGCUUUAUUCCGAAUGUGUGACAGAGAGCUACGAGGCCCAGGUGGUGCAGACAGACCACUCUUACACCCUUCCACAGGGCACAGAUGCCCUGCUGAGUGUCCGAUCAGAGAAUCCCGAGUCUGACGUCUUCAUAGAUCUAGAUGAUUUGGAUGAUAGUAUGGAAGAUGACUUCUCCCCCGAGCUGCCCUGCUCACUCACGAUUGAAGACUUCACACAGAGCAGCAAACCAGACAACCAGUUCCAGUUCAAAGAGAUUGUUUUGACUGAUGAGGAGAGGAGACUUCUGGCGAAAGAAGGUGCAACCAUUCCAACUCAUAUGCCUCUUACAAAGGCCGAGGAACGGACCCUGAAGAGGGUGAGGAGAAAGAUCCGGAAUAAGCAGUCUGCUCAGGAGAGUCGCAAGAAGAAGAAAGUUUAUGUUGACGGCCUAGAGAACAGGGUUGCGAUCUGCACUGCUCACAACCAGGAAUUACAGAAGAAAGUUCAGAUGCUGCAGAAACAAAACAUAUCCCUUAUUGAACAGCUAAGAAAACUGCAGGCUAUGGUGAAAAUGUCCACGAUGAAAACCACCACAACUAGCACUUGUAUUAUGGUGUUCCUGCUUUCUUUGUGUCUGAUCAUUUUCCCCUCAGUCAAUCCUUUUGGCAGCAGCAAUCAGAAAGAUCUGUAUACGUCAUCUACAGGAAUGUCCCGAGCUCUACGGUCUUUUCCAGCUAUCCGGAAAGAUGACAUUAUAUCCACGUCUGCUAAAGAAGUGCCAGAUCAGGAUGUCCUCCUCGUGGGCACUGUAGAGAAUAACCAGGUGCUGCUGUCCGGCGCUCAGAACCACACUCCUGACUACCAGCGGGUCGAGCAGUCUGACUCUGAGUCUGGUGUCAACAACAACAACUCAUCUGCUGACUUCCCUGAUCCUGCCCAGUCAGAUCUCACAGCGGACGGAUCUCUCUCAGAGUCCCACAGGAACUCAGCAGCUUCCCCGGUGAUCUACGACGGCCAGAGCAAAACAGAGGAGAGCUGGAUGGAACAGAAACCCACAUCGGUUAUAAUUAAACAGCACCGAUCUGAUGAAAUGUAGGAGUGCAUCUAAAACAAAACUUGCUUUGUUUUGGAUGAAAAAUUCAGUAUAGCCAUUUUCUUUUCAUUGUAGCAUCACAUUCUGACCCUUUUUCCUUCAUUUUUAUUUUUUACAUGGAUCGACUGUCAUGCUAUAAUAGCACUUUUUUAAUAAUAGCAGCCAUUUUUAGGAUGUUUUUGUCCUAUUCAUCUGCACAAAUGAUGGAGGAGUCAUAUUGUUUUGAACUCUGCAUUGCGUCCACAUUGAGUUUUAGUACAUUCAGGAAAUGUAUUCAUUUGUUUGUAUUACUUGAGACAUUUAAGGUCUUUUGGGCAUCAAGUAAAUUAUAAUUUCCCUUUUUUAGUAAGGGAGCCACAUGUUUAAAGAGAUUCCGCUACUGAAAAAAUUAUCAUUCCUAGUGAUAUGAGAGUGUAUUUAGAAAAGGGAAAAGCUUUUAAAUAAUUUUUUCAUUGUUUAUUUUAUUUUAUUUUUUUUGCUUGUGCGUUAUUUGUGACUUAGAACCCCUUCCGUUAAACCGCUGUAAAUUUUGCAUUAAAUGUACCUUUUAGAGGGGGCAUAGUGUUGCACAUAUCCACGCAAAUAAAAAAGUUUAUGUCUGUAUAUGUAUAUACGUAUGAAAAAAAUGUCAUGAUCUGCUGUGUCAGAGAAGCAUUUUAUAUGUUAUUUUUUAUGUUAUUUUGUUUGUUUCUUAAAAAGACUUAUUUUUAUUGCAGUCUUUUUUAAAUGAUUUCUUUCAUUCUUUGGUCAUAUGGUGCACUGAUGUAUCUGUAAACAUGGAAUGUUCAUAAACUGUUUAUUUCUGUU